UGCAGAUUUGCGGAACACUGUCAUCGAUUACAGCGCGCCUUAUAAUGAUGUAUAUACGUGUAUUUUCUCAAGAGCGCCUAGCGAGAAGGGAAGAGAAUUCGCCAUCUUGGCACCAUUUUCUCUAGAGGUCUGGAUUGGCAUCGUGAUCACGACUCUGGCCAUAGGUCCCAUUUUAAGGCUUCAGUCUGAAAUCUCAGAGAAAUUCAGCUCUCGAGAGUCGAAGUGGGACCUUCAGACUUAUUCCCUAAACAUGUUUCGCAAUUUGGUUCUGCAAGGUAACCUUCUCGACACCAAAAACCUUUCUCAGAGGAUUGUAUUCGUCUUCUGGUACAUAUUUUGUCUGGUCGUCUGUGUUGUCUACUCUGCGAAAUUAACUGCUGUUCUUGCUAUCCCUGUCUACGAGAAACCAAUUGACAGUUUGGAGGACCUACCGAAUGCAGUUCGAAAUGGAUUUACUCCGAGUGUGAUCGGGGACACAAUCAAUGAAUAUAUGUUUAAGGACGCGGUCGAUGGCAUCAUGAAACAAACCUGGCGACUAUUCAACCAUAAAGACAGGUCCAAGAGUUUUGUAGACUCAACUUCAACUGGGAUGAGACUCGUCUUGCAAGAGAAAUCAGUGCACAUCGGGCCUUGCACUGCGAAAAUCAUCGCUGUAGAAAUGGGGGAAUAUAAAUUCCACGUGGGUCGUGGCCUCUUCUACCCAAAACCUGUUGGAUUCGUUUACCCACAGGGAGCUCCUUACCUAAGACCUUUCAAUAAAGUAAUCAGGAGACUUGUGGCUGCUGGGAUAGUGAACAAGUGGUAUGACGUAGAAAUACGUAAAAUUCCGAGGAAGCAUAACGAAGAGAAUGAAGUUUCCAGUUCCUCGGCCAUCUCUCUUACUCACCUCCAGGCUGCUUUCUUCUUGAUGUUUAUUGGUUACUUGGCGGCAGCGAUGGCGUUAUUAGCUGAGAGGGCCCAUUGGGCUUUAUUUAGGAAUGAACGAGUAUCAGAAAAAUAACAGAGGAUCCUCACGGAGCCUGAAUACAGAAGAGUCUACUGAGGAAAAUAUUGGUUAAUUUCAAAGGUUAUUUAAUGCAUUUUCUCUUUUUCAUUGUGGGGCACUGAAUGUACAUAAAUAGAUCUUGCUUUCUUGGCUUUUCUUUGAUUUGUGAUAUAUACUAUACUCAGGUUGCAUUAUAAAAUAGAUUGAUUUUAUGAUUUAGAAUAAAAAUUAUUCUUCAACCUCAAAGAACGUGAUGAUAACGUAGUCCUUUGAGAAUUUGAAUAACGAAAAACUUUAAUCAAAUAACCGUUAUACUCAAUUUAUAUAUUCUCAUUUUAUUUCUAAAUUCAGCGUUGUUAAUUUAUUACCUAAGC